AUAUGAUAACAUUCAUUUGUUUUAUUUUAAUUUCCACAUCACGUUAGUCAACAUGGUAUACUUUUAGUAUUUUUGAUAUCCUUUUAGUACGUUAUGUAUAAAUUUUAAUAAUCGUAAAUUGGAAAAUUUCUCAUGUAAAGUCUUGAAUAUUCUAAAAUUUUAUUAUUUUUUGCUUCAAACUCAAAUAUAGAUGUUGUAUUUGUUUAGUAAAAAAUAAAAUACAAAAGUCUUAUAAAAAAACAAUUCAAUAAUGGAAGUAAUAAAUGAAAAUUUUUAUCAGGUUUUGCCAGAAAUUGAACAGGCAAUUGAUGAUGCUAUUUUUAUUGCUAUUGAUGGUGAAUUCACUGGUCUUCAUAAUGGUACAAUGGUUAGUGUAUUUGAUACUUCGGCUCAGUAUUACCAAAAACUCAGAAGUAAUUGUAUGGACUUUUUAAUGGUUCAAUUUGGUUUGUGUGCUGUAAAAUAUAAUGCAAAUAUUAAAAAGUGAGUCUUGAAUAGGAAAGUAAAAUUAAUA